CCAUACUUAAAAUUUCGACGUCAGCAGUACGGUCGCCUCCUACAACGAAGGUCUACCUUAGAACAGGGCAUGGCAUGGCAUAACCAUGAGCCGGAAAAGAUUGCAUCAAUCGUCUGAAUUUCAUCGUCGGAAUCAGUUUUCCGGUGGCGGCGGCGGAUGAGGAAGCUGUGCCCUAAUUUGGACAAAGAGGAUGGGCUGGAGACGGUGCUGGAGGUUCCGAUCCCGGAGGAAAUGUUCAACAAGAUGGGAAGCAACGCUACCCUCCGGUGGCACAACAUGCGCAACCUGAUGCGCGGCCACCACAACCGCCUCUCCAUCGACAAGUGGUCCGCCGCCGAUCCCAAUCCUUUGGCAACCGCUUCCUCUCCCAACCACGACCAGUUCAUGCUCCUCCUCAAGCUCGUCUGCUCUCCGCUCAUGCCCUGUCUCCCCAAAUUAGGUCACGCCUCCAUCCCCAUCCCCGUCAGAGCACCGUCCAUGGAAGCUUCGACGGCCAAUUACAUCGUGCAGCAGUACCUGGCAGCGACGGGAGGAUCGAGCGCGCUGAAUGCCAUAAAAAGCAUGUACGCAGUGGGGCAGAUGAAACUGGCGAUAGUAUCAGAUGUGACGCACAAUCCGCAACCGCAAGCCGCCAUGAAAGCCAGCGAGGCCGGCGGAUUUGUUCUCUGGCAAAAAAACCCUGACUUAUGGUACCUGGAACUCGUCGUCUCCACAUACAAAAUCAGUGCAGGCAGUGAUGGCAAGACCUCCUGGAGCCAUUCUUCCCUCAAUUUGAAUCCCACCAAACUCCCUCCAAGGCCCCUCAGAAGAUUAUUCCAGGCAGGCACACACAAAACCCUAAUAAAUAAGAUUUUUCAUCAUCUCCUCGUUAAUCUAAUCUGUAAUCGAUCUCUGCAGCAGGGCCUGGAUCCAAGAUCAACAGCGAAUCUAUUCCGGAACACAGUCUGCAUCGGGGAGACAACCAUCAACAACGAGAAUUGCUUCAUCCUGAAACUGGAGACGAGCCUCGACAUUCUGAAAGCACAGAGCACAGCCAACACCAAAAUAGUGUACCACACCAUAUGGGGCUAUUUCAGCCAGAGGACAGGCCUGCUCAUCCAGUUCGAAGACUCCAAACUAAUCCAGAUCAAGAACACGCCUGCUACAGACGACCAGGCCGUGUUCUACGAGACAAGCUUGGUGUCUGUGCUCGAAGACUACCGCUACGUGGAUGGGAUCAACAUUGCGCACAAAGGGAAGACCACUGCCUCCCUGUUGAGGUAUGGCACGAAAAUGAGAAGAAGCUGGACGCUCGAGGAGACAUGGAAGAUUGAAGAGGUGGAUUUCAACAUUGAUGGCCUCUCUGUCGAUUACUUCAACCCUCCCUCGGUUUGCAAGAAGGAUAGCGAACGUGAGGACGACGCCAUUUGAUGGUUUUGCCACAGGUUUCAGGUGAUUUAUAUGCAUAUAAAUAUAAGGGCUUUCUUGAUUAUGGAAGCCAUUUUGAGUGGACUCGAAGUUACAGGAAUUUACUUGCUUCAACAUUGGAAUUUGAAGUCAACAUGCAAGAAGACAGGAGGGUGAAUUGUCAACAAGGUUGUUUAAAAGUGGGUAGGAAUCGAAAUCCUGUAACGCUGCCAAUUUGUCGAAUGCUAUGUGGUUGAAAGUAGACCAAGACCAAGUGUGAACCCGACCCCCACCUUAAUGAAGGCAAGCUAGAAAGCAUGGUGCAAAUGCAAUUCAGCAAGUGAGAGUCAAAUGGCGUCGGUGGAAGAGGUA